UCGAGAAACACAGCUUCGGCUCAACAGCUUGUUAUUCGUGUAUUGCUGUGCAACCCUAGCAAGUGGUGAGCAGUCGCGUAGCUGCAUCAACCGAAAUCAAUCGAGCUGGACUCCCUCAAAUAGCCUCUACGAUGAAGGCAGCAGAUGAGCCUGCCUACCUGACUGUGGGGACAGAUGUCAGCGCCAAAUACAGAGGUGCAUUCUGUGAAGCAAAAAUCAAGACGGUUAAACGGAUGGUGAAGGUUAAGGUGAUGCUCAAAGGAGACACCACCUCGCAAGUUGUCCAAGAUGACCAAGUCAAAGGACCGUUACGUGUGGGCUCCACAGUGGAGGUGAAGAGUGCGGAAGGGAUCUGUAGUGAGGCCACCAUCAACAAACUGACAGACGCCAGUUGGUACACUGUUGUGUUUGACGACGGAGACGAGAAGACGCUCCGCAGGACAUCACUUUGUCUGAAGGGAGAGAGACAUUUUGCAGAAAGCGAGACCUUGGACCAACUUCCGCUGACGAACCCAGAGCACUUCGGCACCCCUGUCAUCGGGAAGAAGGGAAACCGCGGAGGACGGAGGUCAUCUCAGGCUCAUGCGGACGAUGAAAAAGAGUCUUCUUCAAGUGAGGAUGAAAGUGAGGACAGGAGGAGGUUAAAUGAUGAUCUGCUGGGUAAAGUGGCCAGUAUUCAGCCUGGGAGCGACCGGACCUGCUGGUACCUGGCCCUAGUGAUAUCACCAAGCUGCAAUGAUGACCUGACGGUGAAGAAGGACCAAUGUCUAGUCAGAUCAUUUGGAGACUCCAAGUUUCACACUGUGGCGAGAAAGGAUGUUCAUGAAGUGAACAUAGAUGUCCUCUCUAAACCUGAAUACUCGUCGAGGAAAGGAUUAGAUGGGGCAGUGCAUUUCCUCAAGACCAAAGUGGUUCCUGACAGUUGGAAGAUGGACAUGAGUGAGAUCUUGGAAUCUUCCAGCAGUGAUGAUGAGGAAAUGGAAGGCAAGGAGAGUGAGGAAGAGGAAGAGGAGGAGGAGGAAGACGAGGAAAAAGAAGAUGUCAGUAAUGAGCCUGAGGACGAGUCCGAUCCGGAGGAGAGGGACCAUUUCCUGCAGCAGCUCUAUAAGUUCAUGGAGGACCGAGGGACGCCAAUUAACAAGCCUCCCGUGCUCGGCUACAAGGAUCUGAACCUCUUCAAGCUCUUCAGGCUGGUCUACCACCAGGGGGGCUGUGACAAUAUUGAAAGCGGGUCUGUGUGGAAACAGAUCUACAUGGACCUUGGCAUUCCCGUCCUAAACUCGGCUGCCUCCUACAAUGUGAAGACUGCCUACAGAAAGUACCUGUAUGGUUUUGAGGAGUACUGUCGCUCCGCCUCCAUCGUGUUCAGGACCAUCCACCACAACGAGGCGUGUCCCGCCCCCCCAGCCCAAACAGAGCAGAAAGCCACACACCUCCCCGAGGCCAAGGACGAGGAGGAGGAGGAGGGCCAGGGCUCAGCCGCAACCAUCAAGACAGAGCCUGCUACAGCCACCGAGGACGAGCCUGCUCUGGAGGAGCCCGGGUCAGAGAGCGACAGCGACAAAGAGGGCCGCAAAGAUCUAUCCUGUCAUAGGGGGAGAAGACGGUGCACCGUGACCCCGGUCAAAGCAGAGGUGAAGGAGCCCGCAAAGCUGGAGAAGAUUAAAGAGGAGAAGGAGGAGCAGAGUGGUGUGGGGCUUGGGGAGCCUGGCGGAGAGGAGACAGGAGGUCAGAGAGACUGUAUCAGGCCAGAUGGAGGGGACAACCCGGGAAAGAGACGUAGCCGACGCCUAGAGGAGUCAGACAAAGAGUCUGAGGGAGAUGGGGACGAUGAUGAUGAAGAUGAUGAAGAGGAUGAGGAGGAUAGGGAGAGGAGAGUCCGAGAGAGGGGUGAGGGUGAGGAGGAUGACUCUGAAGACUCUGUGACAGGGACUAAGGUGAAAGUUAAAUACGGUCGAGGGAAGACCCAGAAGAUCUACGAAGCCAACAUCAAGAAGGCAGAGAACGAUGAUGCGGGAGAUGUCCUCUAUCUGGUCCACUACUACGGCUGGAACGUCAGGUAUGAUGAGUGGGUUAAAGCGGACCGGAUCAUCUGGCCUGUCGACAAGGGCGGAACAAAGAAGAACCAGAAAAAGAAAGUCAAGAACAAAGAAGAUGGGGAGAGGGAGGAGGACAAGCAGGGGAAGCUGGGUGGGGUGAAGCGCGGACGUCCUCAUCUCAGAACCACUCCCCCCAACACCAACCGCAGCGUCUCCAAGACCCCCAGCAGUGAGGGGCGCUCCAGCAGCAAGAGCAAAUCCGAAGCGUCAGCCCUGCCCAACGGAGAGGGCACUCCUCGUCGACGAACACGAAGAACGUCUGGGAUGUAUGACUCAGACAGAGAUGCCAACUCCAAUGAAGAAUCAGGGAACUCUUCAGAGGACAGUGAGUCUGAGGACUCUCCUGAAUCGAAGCCUGCGUGGGCAGAGAGGACGGACCCCGCCACGGCCCGUAAGCAGGAGGAGGAAGAGGACCGCAGGGUGGAGAGGGGAAGAGCAGAGGCGGCACUGGCCGAAGCUGCAGCCCAGGCAGAGGCACAAGCCCAGCCCCUGAAAACGAUUGAGCCACCAGCAAAGAUGGAGACCAGGGAAAAGGUAGAGCCGCCGGAAAAUACUGAUCCCCCCGAACAGGACGAGCCCCGAGCACAGAAUGAGUCCCCUGUCAAGCCCGAGGACCAGCACCUGCAAGAGAAAAAACUCCCUGAGAUAAUCGAGCUGAAGGAGGAGAGGAAAAACGAAGAGGAGUUGGAUGAGGAACGGACCCUGGUGCCCCCUAUGAGCCCUGAACCAGACAGACCUAAGGCGGAGGACCUCCCUACCUCCAAAUCCCCCAGGUCUAAAGCAGCACGUAGAAGUAACGCUAGAGAGCCAGAGAGGAACAACAACACAGACUCUGAAACGCCCACCGCCACUCCUAACUACACUGAGACGGAGUCGUCUCCCUGCCCCCACCCCCUGAAGAGGCAGGAUGAGCCCAUGGUGAUCCUUCGCUGUCUCCCUGCUGAGCACCUCCUUAACAGCGACUUCCCGUCUAUGGACUCCGACACAGACUCAGCCACAGAGGAGAUCUGCAGGGAAGACCGAGCUGUGACCAAGCGUAAAGCCACUGAGCAGAAGACGUCGGACAAGAAGUUGCGCCUGGACAAGCGGGAGGAUACUACUUACAUGGCGUCGCCGGCAAGGAGGCCCAUUGAUUCGCCUGGGAGAAGGAUCACGGACUCCCCGGUCAAGCGGCCCACGGACUCCCCGGUCAAGCGGCCCACGGACUCCCCGGUCAAGCGGCCCACGGACUCCCCGGUCAAGCGGCCCACGGACUCCCCGGUCAAGCGGCCCACGGACUCCCCGGUCAAGCGGCCCACGGACUCCCCGGUCAAGCGGCCCACGGACUCCCCGGUCAAGCGGCCCACAGACUCCCCGGUCAAGCGGCCCUCGGACUCCCCGGAGCAGACGAUUGAGACUGGGGGACUGAAAGGAGAGGAGCGCUUGACGCCAGCUGAAGUGAAAACGGAGAUGCCUGCCCUCACUCCAGAGGUGCAGUGCAGAAGCCCAGAAGAAGAUGGUGUAUCCUGUCGAACGCAGUCAGAACAGCUGUGCGUGGGGGCCGAAGAGGAGCUGAUUCCCCAGAUUGGCCCUGAGGCGCUGGUCUGCCACGAAGUGGAUCUGGACGACCUGGACGAGAAGGACAAGACUUCUGCAGAAGACCUCCUGAUGAUGAUGAGUCAGGGGAAGGUCCAUGCUCCCCCUCCAUCCACCGCCAACUCUCACCACUCACAGACCCACAUCCACCCUCCGGUCUCUGAGGGAACUGCGCCUCUGUUCUCCCCCACCUCGGCCCCCAGCCCUGAAGAGUCCCACAGCACCAAAAGUGAGAGCGACGUCACCAUUGAGGUGGAUAGUGUAGCCGGGGAGUCACAAGAGGGGCUAGGGGAUAAUGAGUCUGCUAACUCCAACUGCUUUGAAGCCAGCACCAGCUCCAGCAACUCCAGCAUGUCACUACCAGAGAGGGACACCAAGGAUAGAGGUCAGAAAAGGUUGAUGGACUGCAACAUGACUUCUUCUGCAAAGAAACAGAAACGCAACCAGAAACGGCCGAGCACAACGUCCAAAAUGGAUAAGAACGGAGCAGGGCACAGCAGUGACAGUGAGGACCUGGCUGUCAUGGACUCCUCCAAUAAGCUGACUCCAGUGAAACAGUCCAUGUCAAAGGGAAGCCAGAAGCUGUCCCGUUCCCCUGGGGUGGUGUCUCCUCACAGUAAGGAGCUAGAGAAGGACAAGCACAAAGACAAGCAGUCGUCCUUCCCCUCCCCGCGCACAUACAAGUGGACUUUACAGCUCAAUGAACUGGACAACAUGACAAGUGCUGAGAGGAUAUCCUUCUUGCAAGACAAACUAAAGGAUAUAAAGAAGUACUACAUGACACUGAAGUCGGAAGUGGCCUCCAUAGACAGGAGGCGGAAGAGGUUAAAGAAGAAAGAAAGAGAAGUGUCCCACACGACAGCGUCAACGUCGUCCGGCUCCUCAGACACCGGGAUGAGCCCCUCCUCCGCCUCUCCCACUCAGAACACUGUGGCUGUCGAGUGCAGGUGAUGACACGCCUCCUCCCCCGGAUGUCAAUGGCACCCGCCCCGCCUGCCUUCACAGCAUACCGCUGCCUACCUGGAGACACGGGGUGCGUCUCAAAUGGCUCCCUGUUCCCUGUGUAGUGCAUAUCUUUUAUCCAGAAGCCUAGGUCAGAUGGCCUGAGACCUGGUCAAAGAAAUUACACUAUGUAGGGCACAGGGCUGACAUUUUGGUGUGCACCUACGUACUUACACACCACAGCAAGCGGCCAGAAGCACUCGACUGCCCCCCCCCCCCCCCCCCCCCAUUUCAUUUAAACCCAGAUCCCUCCUAUCAUAUCCCAUCCACCACUUGGCCACUCCCACCUCCGGCACUUUCUCGUCUUGUGGUCAUUAUAGUCCACCUAUCGCAGUGUGGUCAGGAUAUGGAUCCAUGUGAGUUGAAUGUAAAGGAAACUAAGGACCCCACAAACUCCUAGCCCAGACCCCUUUUAGACUUGCCGGAACAGUCCAUGGCACUUUUGUUCUCCCGCCCUGUCAGAUCCGCAGAAACGGAUACAACCUCCUGGUUCCCCCGAACGGGGACAAUCCGGAUGCAGUAAUGAAUCAGUGACGGGCCUGUCAGCAAAACCAGACAAACACAACAAGACAAAUACAAUGUAUCUAAUCUACAAUGUAAAGAGUCCCUAGAUAUGUUAAUAUUGGUCACUGAGCCAGCUGGACAUGGUUUGCGAAAAAGGUCAAUUAUGUUCUCUUGCUCCGUCAGAACUGCCAAAGUACACGUUACAGCAGAGUGCCCUAUUUUGGAAAAAUGGGACAAAUUCAAUUGCGAAAGGGAAUAUAGUUUACUGAAAAUUGCAGCCGUUGUCUUCCACUAUUGCAGUGUGUUAGCACAGAUGAAUUAUGCAAACUAUUUUUUGGUUAUCUUUUAAGAAAAGGAAAAACUAUAUAUUAAAAGAAAAAGGUUUACAGUGGAACACAGGAGAAACUGUUUUCAGUGGACUAAUUUCCUUUGCAAGUGUAUUUUGUCUUUUUUAUAUGUAAUUGCAGAGUUUUUAUUUUAGUAUGGAAAAUUUCAAAAAGUAUAUAUCACAGCAGUGAAGUUAUUUAAUGAAAGAUUUCUAGACCUGAAAUUGUGUAAAAUAAAGGUAUCUUGCAUUGUUAAAUAUAUUUAUUCUGUCAGUUGACACAUUUUGUAUUUUUUACAAUAUAGAGACAUUUACCUUCAAUAGUUUGGACCGUGGGAAAGUAUGAUGUUGAAAUAAUGUCACAUGCUCAUCUAAAAGCAGACUUUGACUGUGAUGUUUCAAUUGGGUAGCUACUGUGCAGUACAUAUGCCACCCCACCCCAUGUUCAGUAGGGCCCACGACCUUCUCUUCAUGUUUGUUUUUCCCUAGAUGACUUUCGGGGAACACCAUCAUUUGGUGGCCUUUACAAUUUGUCACUGUUUAUUGGUACUUGUAUUUGUUAUAAUUUAAAGCAUUCAUUCUUAUUUUGGACAUUGAGUUCUGACCAAUUAAAUAAAACAGUUGCAGAAGAAGCAUGUAUGUUACGCCCAGGGGUUUCUUAUGAUUCUUUCUUUUGUAUAUAGAUCUUCCAAAACCAUGUAUUUGAAAAAUACAUUUUACAAAGACUGUAAAGAAUGAUUUAUAUAAUUUUUCUAAAGCUCAACUUUGUACCAGUAUAUUAAAACCCUUUCCUUUUUCUAUGUCAAGUUGGUAGAAAUAUGUGCACACUUCAUUAGACUGUACAUACUGAACCAGUGAGUAUCAGCAUUCGUCUGAAUGAAACCCUAGAGAAUGAAAGCAUUCAGAACAUUGAUCAUUGUAUGCUUUAUACACUUGAUUUCUUUGUGGAAAAACAUACUUCCUUUAAAAUCUAAGUUUACCUAAAGAUUCCCGGAAGAAAGAAAGAAGGAAUUAAGAGUCCCUGAAUAAAGCCAUUGUAUCUUUAUGUAAAAUAAGCAGAGCUCUCUUCAUUUCUAAUAAAGUUUUUAAAUACUU